AAUAAAGGAUAAAGUAUUUUAUGAAACAAAUCUUUGAUCAAGUAUAACAUUUUGAUGCUUGGCAUCUAGACUCCCUUGUGCCCUCACUAUGCCAGCAGCAACUGUAGAUCAUAGCCAAAGAAUUUGUGAAGUAUGGGCUUGCAACCUGGAUGAAGAGAUGAAGAAAAUCCGUCAGGUUAUUCGAAAAUACAAUUAUGUUGCUAUGGACACAGAGUUUCCAGGUGUUGUUGCAAGACCCAUUGGAGAAUUCAGGAGCAAUGCCGACUAUCAAUACCAACUAUUGCGCUGCAAUGUAGACUUGUUAAAGAUAAUUCAGCUAGGACUGACUUUUAUGAAUGAGCAAGGAGAAUACCCUCCAGGAACUUCAACUUGGCAGUUUAAUUUUAAAUUUAAUUUGACGGAGGACAUGUAUGCUCAGGACUCCAUAGAACUACUCACAACAUCUGGUAUCCAGUUUAAAAAACUUGAAGAGGAAGGAAUUGAAACACAAUACUUUGCAGAACUUCUUAUGACAUCUGGAGUGGUCCUCUGUGAAGGGGUCAAAUGGUUAUCAUUUCAUAGUGGUUAUGACUUUGGCUAUUUAAUCAAAAUCCUGACCAACUCUAACUUGCCUAAAGAAGAACUUGACUUCUUUGAGAUUCUACGAUUGUUUUUUCCAGUCAUUUAUGAUGUGAAGUACCUCAUGAAGAGCUGCAAAAAUCUAAAAGGUGGUUUACAGGAGGUUGCCGAACAGUUAGAGCUGGAACGAAUAGGACCACAACAUCAAGCAGGAUCUGACUCAUUGCUCACAGGAAUGGCCUUUUUCAAAAUGAGAGAAAUGUUCUUUGAAGAUCAUAUUGAUGAUGCCAAAUAUUGUGGUCAUUUGUAUGGCCUUGGCUCUGGUUCAUCCUAUGUACAGAAUGGCACAGGGAAUGCAUAUGAAGAGGAAGCCAGCAAGCAGUCAUGACAUGAAAUAGUCCUUUAUUUUUAUCUUAUUUCAGCUAUACACAUGCUUGUAUAUAGGUUUUUAUCUCUGGUUGAUCCUUUGAACAUAGACAAUACUUUUUUCUCAUAG